AUGAGUUGGUGGCCCAUGACCAGCUACAGGUCAUUUUUUAUAAUAUGGUCACAACUUUUAUGUGAGUCAGUAUACAAAAUCUUCCAAACAGGGACUUUUGCCUCCAGGACUUUUCCUGCUUUCGGCCCCUUAAACGUGGAUCGCCGUGUGUUUUUGUGUCCACGGCGUAGAAAAUAGGCUCAAACAGCCAUCUGCGUGGUGUGGGAGUGGGGGCUGCUCGCCUGAUCUGGCGAUUCGUGAAACAUUAAAGCGCCCUUCCAGGGAAACGUUUGACAUUUGUUCCUUUCCCCCAUCGUGCUCGCUGAGGAACAGCCGCCUGAACUUGGGUUACCGCCGGGGCUUUUUUUAGCCCGCUCCUUGAACGAGGAGUCCGGAGCAAAUUGUUGGGUCUGGCCUGGAGAGAGGCGUGCAGCUGUGCUAGGCCGUGGAUCCGUGCAGGGGCCAGGAGAGGAGAGGACAGGCAACGGCCGCUGCCAUGGACCGAUAUGCUACGGUGGAGCACUAUAAGGCAGCCAUGCUGCUGAGUGGAGCUGGGGAUGCUCUGGGCUACAAGAAUCAGCUGUGGGAGUACAACGAAUCUGGACCAGCCAUUCACCAGGAGCUGCAGGAGCUGGGCGGUCUGAAGAACAUCAGGGCUGAGCUCCCUGACUGGCCAGUGAGUGAUGACACAGUUCUGCAUUUGGCCACCGCAGAGGGACUGGCAACAGGGAAGGUAGGGGAGGAGCUCCUGCACGAGGUGGCUGCCCGCUACGUGGAGGGAAUGAAAGACAUGGAUGGAAGGAAACCAGGCCCUUCCAGCAUUCUGGGUGUAUCCCAGCUAAAGCCUGGAGAGGAGGGGGGCUACAGAGUUCCAUAUAACCCAGCGGGGACGGGCUGUGGGGCAGCCAUGAGGUCCAUGUGCAUCGGCCUGAGGUAUCCCAAGCCUGACCAGCUGUUGUCUUUGGUGGCUGUUGCUGUGGAGACGGGCCGCAUGACCCAUCCGCACCCCACCGGUUUCCUGGGCGCCGUAGCGUCAGCCCUUUUUACCUCGUAUGCCGUCCAGCGCCGGCCAAUCACCACCUGGGGUCUGGGCCUGAUCAAUGAAGCCUGCCCAAUCGCCAAAAUGUUUGUGCACGGCCGAGAGUUCGCCGUGGAGGAAGCGGAGAGAGACUGGGACUACUUCUGUGACAAGUGGCAGUGGUACCUGGAUUUUAGGGGCAUCUCUAAUGGAGUGGGGCCUGUGAUUUGGCCUUCCCCCUAUGGCCCAGCUGAGAGAGACGAGGCCUACAAGGGCUUCAGUCUGUCUGGCUGGGCCGGACGCAGUGGACACGAUGCUCCGAUGAUAGCGCUGGACGCCCUGCUGGGGUCAGGCUCCGACUGGGAGGAGCUGAUGAGCAGAGCAGGCUUCCACGGAGGCGACAGCGACAGCACCGCGGUGAUAGCCUGCUGCUGCUGGGGUCUCCUCUACGGCACCGCAGGGGUCCCUGAAGGCAACUACUGCAAUCUGGAGUACCGGGACCGACUGGAGCGCUGUGGCCAGCAGCUCUACGCCCUGUCGCACUGACCAGGCGGGGACGGCGGCCUGCAGGUGUCGUAGGGAACGGAAAAUGGGACACGCCGAUGUAAAACUGAGGAGCGCAUUGAUCCAGAGUGCUGUCACUGAGCCACAAAGCGUGUUGUCAUACUUGCCUGAAGGUGAAAUCCUGCCCCACUAACCCAAAGAGCCAUUGCUCCCACGACAAGAGCGGCGAGCAUCAUGAUGAUGGUUGAUGUGCGUUUGGUUCCCCCUAGCGCAGGUUUUAAGAUGGCAUGGAGCCGAUUCAGAGCAGGACGCCUCCCAGCCACCAACGAAAAUUCAAAAGCCCCGCAGGAGGUCAAUAACUGUGUCAAGCUGAUAUAAUAAAUGCUCUGUGACUUCAAAUUCAACGUGUUCCUGCUGAAGGCUGAAAUACAUUCCCGUGUCUCAUCACGGCAGUUUAGUUACAUUGUGAAGCAAGCAGGAAGUAUCACUGCAAUAACCCAGAUAAACACAAUUCAUGAUCAAAUAAAUUUAACAGAACACUGUGGUUGAGUUGA